AUGAUUAAAUGUUAUUCCUGCAAUGAUUAUGAUAUCGAUAUCAUGACUUCUAUUGAUGAUUCAAAGCGUUCUUUAGUGGUUAUGGCUGAUUCAAGAGUUCGCAAGAAUGCAACAGAACCAAUCAAUACAUACUCAUUCAUUCGCGGAAGUUAUGAUUCAACAUUAACUAGAACCGUGAAUGAUAUAUUAAAUGAUUUGAAUAUUAAGGUAAGAGUUGAACAGAAGAAUGAAGAAAUAAAGAGUAUAAUGAAUGAAAACAAAGAUGUAAACAUUGACGAUAAACUUGCCCAGAGCAUAGUUGAUGGCAUCAGUGAUUUUGAAGUACAUAAUGACGGUGGAAACAUGAAUUUAGAAAAAGAAGUUACAUUAUUCACACUGUUUCAAUCAAUUAAUUCGUUACCUAAUCAUUUAAUUAAUGAAGCAUACGAUAACGUUUAUAACUUCUGCAGUUUAACAGAAAAUGCAAAAAGUAAUUUUGAAAAAGCACGUAGUAGAUAUGCACAUUUAAUGACUUCUCCAUUUGUUUUAGUGAAGAUUCUAAAACUAUAUCAAAAGGAAUAUUAUGAUGAAUAUGUUUUACCUUUAUUACGUAAGCAAAAAAUAACAUUUGAUAUAAAACUUGAUGACUCGUUUUUGAUAACAGAUAUUAGACGCAAGGCUGAAAAUCAUCAGUAUAAAAACAGUUCUGAAGUCAUUGAGGAUUUAUCACGUGUAAUCCGUUUUGCAGAUUGUGGAAAUAAAUAUUUCAUUCAAAAGGACUAUAAUAUCCACGACAAAAUGAAUCAAAUAUCAUUCGUUCUUCAAUCAAACAUGAAAGAGUCACUCAAAAUGAUUAAAUUAUUUAAAGAAGAAGGUAAAACAAUAACAGCAUGGGAUGUACUACUAAAUCAAUUGUCUUCAUUAACCGUUAAGGGUGUUUGCUUUAAAUCUGAUUCCCCAGAUGUUUUCUCAACGUUUCAAGGUUAUAAAUACAACAUUAUCGAAAAACCAGAUUACUCAAAAAUUGAGAUGUUUAUGAAUUUCAUUAAAGAAGCUAUUUGUGAUAAUAACGAUGAA